AUGUUGCACCAAAGUCAUACGCUAAGUGCGCUCUUUUGUGUAGUGUAGCCGAAUGCUAUUGGUGUACGGCGUACGAGAGAGCAGACAUCCAAUCCGCUCAAGCCUUGUUAACAUGUUGGUACAAUAACACAACUUGUUUCCUCAAGAGAUAACGGCUUCGGUUUUCGGUAUGGCGAUGGAUAGUGCCUCUGUGUACAUGUGCUUCCCCUGCUACCAAGAGUUUGACACCCUGGAGGAGGUGCUAGCCCACCAGCUGACCUGCACCACAGAGAAUGUUGGGAGUGGGGCCCCCACCCCCAUCUCCAUCCCCUUCCUACAGACUCAGCAACAGGUGUGUACCGAGCCCAUUGCUCCACCGCCUGCCCCUCAGACCAAGGCCAGUUUCUCGUCUGUGCUGCUCAGCUCUGGUGCACCAGGUCUGGCCAUGGCUAGCCCAAAGAAGCCCUCCUCAGGAGACCAGCCCAAGAUCUUGUACCAGUGUGGAGACUGUGACGCCCUGUUCCACUCCCUGAUCCUCUGGCAGCAGCACCGCAAACAUGGCCAGUGUCUGCAGACCAAGGCAGGACCCACCCAACCACAACCAGGACUAGAAGAGACCGGCUCUGGAUCUGGAUCAGAACUGGCCCCAGAGGGAGAUGGGAAGCACGGUCAGGCUGAAGUGGAGGUGGACCUGGGUCCAGAUGAACCGUACGAACCAGUCUCACCGGAUGACCAAGAAGGAGGAGGGGGCAGAGGAAGGGGUAGAGGGAGAGGAAGGGGUAGAGGGAGAGGAAGGGGUAGAGGGAGAGGAAGGGGUAGAGGGAGAGGAAGGACUCAGGAGAGGGCACAACAAACCCAGCAGCAGCAGGAUGUAGUGAAGUCUGAGCUGCCAGCAGAGAAAGAGGAGGAUGGGAUGAGUGCAGAGGACACAUCAGCCACCCUGGAUCACAUGUAUCUGCCAAACACCACCAACAGAGGGCAGGAAGGAGGAGAGGAUGAGCCAGAAACAGAGAGCGUAGGGGAAUCCACUGAAUCUAAAACCUCUGAGAUCCAGGCUCAGGCAGCUCAUUCAUCUACAGAGGCCCAGUCUGCAGCAGACAGACAGUCCAUCCCCGACCACGCUCCCUCCCAGGACCCCCCAGACCCCGCUCCCUCCCAGGACCCCCCAGACCUCGUUCCCUCCCAGGACCCCCCAGACCUCGUUCCCUCCCAGGACCCCCCAGCUGAUAACCCUGGGGAGGAGCAGACGUCCUACUACUACAGGAUGAAGGCAGCCAAGAAGCUCAAGCCCCCGUCCAGCCUGCUGUGUGUGGACUGUGGCUCCAGCUUCGGCAUGGUGUCUGAGCUGGUGACCCACCGUAAGGCCCAGCAUGGCCUCAAGGAAGCCCUGCACCACUGCACCGUGUGUGGGGAGAGCUUCCUCAACACCACCCUCUUCCUCUACCACCGCAAGCAGCACAAGGAGAAAGGCAAGGAGGGGGUCACACAAACCCAGGCCCAGGGAGGACAGAUGCAGGAUGCAGAAGACCAGUAUUACAAAAUAGUAACACUGCAGCAAGAGGUGGUGGAAGAGAUGGUGGAAGAGUCUAAAGAGGAGACAGUGGGGGUGGUGGAUUCCCAGAACAAUGGAACUGAGGAGCAUAACCAGGAUGGAACCCCCUCUACUUCCACUGUCUCUACCUCUGCUCUGGUUCAGGUGCCCAAAGUGGUCCAGGGCCAGAGUUUCCUGUGUGCCCAGUGUGGAGCCAGCUUCAGUAAAGAGCCAGAGCUCAGUGCCCACCGUAGGGACAAGCACGGCCUGAACGAGCCCCUCCACCACUGUUCCCAGUGUGGUCAGAGCUUCAUGAACACCACCCAGUACCUUUACCACCGACGCCAGCACCGUGGGGACCCGGGGACUGGGGCAGGAGCAACCACAGCCCCCCAGGGAAGCCCCCGCGCCCCCAAGAGGAUGCUGUCCCCCCCAUCCGCCUCGUCCAGUGCUGCGUCAGGCUCACCGGCGAAAAUACCUGCUAUCAGAAUGCACAGCAUCAACGAUCUCAAAGAGAACAAAGACCAGGGUAAAGAGGUGAAUCCAGUCAUCCUUAAGGAAGAGCAGGAGAAGACUGUAGUGGGGGAACAACCGGACACCAACUUCCCCCCUCCAGCCAAGCUGAUGCAGGACUGGUCCCGCACCCCUCUCCCCCACGUCUGCCCCCACUGUGGCCAGACCUUCACACGCAGGGGGUUCCUCCGCGCUCACGUCUUCAGCCACACCGGAGAGAAGCUCUUCACCUGCAAGGUGUGUCAGAAGUCGUUUGCGUCCUCUCCCAACCUGCUGCGCCACAGCCUGACCCACAUGGGCACCAAACCUUUCCCCUGCUCCGUGUGUGGCAAGCGCUUCUCCCAGCCGGGCGUCCUGAAGAGGCACAGCCUCACCCACAGCCAGCCCAAAUCCCGCCGCCGCAGGUCCCGAUGGAAGAAGAGGACACCAGAGGGGGAGGAUGGAGAAAGCCAGCUGUUUGCCUGUCCCAACUGCACUGCUCGCUUCCAGACUGACCAACAGCUGCAGGAGCACAGACUGCUCCACACCAGCCACCCGUUCCCCUGCUCUGUCUGUGGAGAGGCCUUCAAACGCAGGAAGGAGCUGGACCUGCACUCCCUCAUUCACCAAGAUAAGGAGCCAGUGUUGUGCCCCCACUGUUCCUCCCAGUUCUUGAACCAGUCAGUGUUGGACAUCCAUCUGCAGCGCUGUACCAGCUCAGAGGAGGACAAGACUGUGGGCCGCGGCCGGGGACAGGGACGGGGACGCUCCAUGGGACAGGUGGAGUGUGAUAUGUGUGGUCAUUGCUGUAUGACCCAGGAGAGUCUGGACCUCCAUCGGCUCUCCCAUACGGGUCAGACCCCCCUGCGCUGCCCUCUGUCCCCCUGCAGACGGCGCUUCGCCUCCAGCUCUGCCCUGGGGGAGCACAUUGUGGCCCACUGCCAGGGGACUCUGGGGAAGGGCCGCGGCUCCAAGAGGUUCCACUGCCAGAUCUGUGGGAAGGACUUUGCCUACACCUCCACCUUCAACGUCCACAUGAGGAUCCACACCGAUGAGAGGCCCUUUGAGUGUUCUACGUGUGGGAAGAGUUUCCGCCAGCUGCCCCACCUCAAGGACCAUGAGCGUAUCCACAGCGGCCUGCGGCCCUUCUGCUGCUGGGUGUGUGGUAAAGCCUUCAGUGUGGCCGGCCGUCUUACUGAGCACGCCCGCAUCCACAGCGGAGAGACGCCCUACACCUGCCAUCGCUGCCCCUCAGCCUUCCGCUCACGCUCCAACCUCGACAAACACAUCCGUCUCCACGAUGACGGAACGGAUGGAACCACGGCCAACGACGCAGAGGUGGAAGAUGCGAGGGUGCUCUUGUCUACAGGGACGGGAUCAGGUGGCGAGGGGGAGUCGGCGGUGCAGACCAUUCUGCUGGUCCAGGCGGAUGGAACCACAGAGGGGGGGAUGGUGCCGGCCGUGCCCGUCUCAGAGCACUCCUCUGGGGCUAUGUUCUCUGGGCAGGCUGGGUCCUCCCAGGUGGUGUUCUUGGGUGGUCAGGCCAUCUCUGUCCCCUCCCUGUCAGCCAUCAUGGAGGGACAUGAGAUCCCCUCGGUCACUGUGGUAGAGGGACAGGAUGUACCACACACCAUAGAGUUCAUCCUAGAGGAGACCAUCUCAUAGAGGAGACUGUAGAGGAGGAAGAGGGUAGAAAGGAGAUGGUUUGUGAUAGAAUGUAUUAGAGACUGAGACAGAGUUCGACUGAAAGAUGGUAGGAUUUUCAGUUAGUAAAGGUGAAAUAAAAAAUAAAUAGUGUUGAGUUAAAUCAAGAUGUAUAGUUUUUGCUGUUUCCUCAGUGCCGGGGCUAUUCUUGUUAAAUGGUCCGAAAUAUUGUUUCAUUUACUUGAAUGAUCUACAUAUUAAUUGAUUUUGACAGAGUUUAGUGAAGGAUUGGAUGUGUGGCCCUUAAGCUUUGAGAGAUGCUUCUUAGUUUAGAAGAGCAGAAUUGAUUUUAAAUGUUGAAAUCGUACAGCGAAGCCAGUGAAGCAAGCAGCAGUUGUAUGGUAAAGCAUUUAUCCUGUUUACAAUGAGAAGUUGAAGGAAAAGCUGAUUGUAAAAGUGUUCCCAGAGUGUGUACCGUCAAUAUUAUUUAGAGUGAGUUUUAUCAGGGUUGGACUUGAGUCGCCCAUAAAAUGUCCUCUGUUUUCUUUUUAAUAAAAGGCUUCAGCUUUCA